CCCCAGAGCCAGGCCAAAAAAUAAAAACAUUCAACCAUUCUAACUAAAAUGUCUGCACAGUGCCGCUUAGCUUUAAGUGGCAUUACUGUUGAGCUUAACAAAUGAUAAUUGCUUCCAUUCUAGCCCAGCUGUAUUUGCACAAAAUGUAUUUUGCAAAAUAGUAUUACCCGAGUAAUAUAAAUCUUUUAGCAUUGAUAGUAUUGCUUGCCCACAAAUGUAAUUUCAUAUGCACUGAAACUUCCAAAUGUAAAACUAUAAUUGACCAACUAAUGUUCUUCUCUGUUAUGAUGUUAUGCUCCAUUUUGUCUUUGAAUGCCCUCCCCUACUCACUCGGAAGGAAAUGUGUAGCACAACAAGCCGUAUGUCUUUACUUUAUCAGUUGUAAGACGCCUUUUACCUCUUAUUGUGUGCCCGACAAAAUGUUUCCCCUUCCGUCAAAGUAAUGGAACCCAAAAAGAGUCGGGAAGGACUUCUUUUUGAUUAGUUUUUUUCAGGUACAGGAGCACAACGGUAAGUCUUGAUUUUGAUUGAGUGGCAGGGUAUUAAUGCCCACCAAUCAAAAUCUCAACCCCUUCCCCCUUUUACAGAUUUGGGGGUAAAAAAGGAUUUCCUUGUGGUGAAUUAAUAGAAAAGGACUGUUAACACAGUCAGCUGCUCUGUAUUACAUAAAAAAUGCUCUAUCGCAUAGGUUAUAAAUAGUACACUUCCUCUACUUUUUCUUCAUGGUGUUCCAGAGCAUAAAUCUAUAGUAUUCCCCUGCUUCUGCUUUAGGGUAUUAUCUUUUAAAAAGCCUUUUACAGUCUGUAGUAAUUUUGGCUGGCAUGUUCCAGCAAAGAAAACAAACAGUCACAGAGAACACUGAGUUUCAUAGGAAACAGGCAAUGAAGACAAAAGCCUACCCUCUACCACUAAUGCUAAAUGACAAUGAAUCCCUGUUGAGGGAGCUUUGAUAAAUUGAAGCAGAUGCAUUUUCGAAAUGUAUUAUUUAUAUUGUGCAUAUUAAAUAAAGAUGCUUCGGUAUCUACUCAGUUUGUUCCCUCUGCUGUGUACCAAAUAACUUUGUUCCCAAUAAAUAAUUCACUAGUCUGACAUUAUAAAAUGGGUCAGGGAGCUGCUUUUUCAUUAUUAUAGCUAUUAUCAUACCCUGUGAAGUAGCAGCGUAGGGAAGAAAAAUUCAACCGUGAGGAGUAGAAGGUAAAAAUUGGUUCAUCAAGAUUAGUGUCUCUUCUUGCCAUCAUUCAUCCUGGAGGCUCAUGGUGUCUCCACUGUGAUGCAGUGGCACUUAAUGGCAAGUAGCUAAGCACCUUGUUCAUGUACAGCAUGGUAGAAAUGAAAAGGUUAAUGGAAAAUUACAGUCAAGGAGUCACAGGAAUAUUUAAAUAAUAAUAAUGGGAACAUUUUGUUGACACAGCACUGGACUGUUUAGUAGUUCCUUUGGUCAAAAACACGCAGCUAUACCCUGAUAUCAUUUCCAACAAUUCAUGCAAUCUCCAUGAACACUGGCUCCAUCAGCAUGCUUUUAAAAGACUACACAAGGGUCAUAAUUACUCAGGUACUUUCACACUAUGUAACACACUUGUUAUGCCUUGAUGGUGUCAACCUUUGUCUGUUUUCAGUUAACUUUUGUCAAUCAAUUCUGAUACUUGAUGUUGACUAUGUUUUGUUCACAAAGCGAAAUGCACUCGAGAUUAGCAGCUGUGGUAGGGAUCAAUUUUCAUUAAAAAACAAAACAAAAUAACAAUCCUAAAUUUUAUCUGGGGCGUAGCUGGGCAAAUUAAGACUACUACCCAAAGAGAAACCAUAAUGACAGUGCUAGUGAUUGGCUUCUAACAAUAUUUACUGUAACUGUCUUGAACUGCAGCUGCUAAUUUCAGCCCAAACUGUGUCUUUUUUUCUUUUCUAUCUCUCAUUAGUUUUUCUUUAUUUUCUCUUUAUUUGGUUUCCUUCUCUAACAAAAGCAAAUACAGCCACCACAGGAGCCUCUUCUUGUGGCUAUAAGGAGCUUGUGAAAUUUUGAAUUAUGAGUAUGGUACGCUUGAUUUGACUCCAGUGGCGCCUCACUAUUUUUUUUCUUACCAAGCGACAGUGUGGCCACUGGGGUGAAUCUGAUUGUUUUGGUUCAAAGUUUAUUUAAGGGGGGGGGCAGGCAAGUGUACUUUCAAGACGGGUGUCACUGAUAGCAGGGACAAGGGAAAGAGGAAACAAAGAUUAAAGAAAAGGGAAAUGUAGCUGCAGCUAAACACCUUGAGGUGGCUUUUUUUACUCUCUCUGUGUUUCCCCUAUUUUUCUCUUCUCCUCAUGUCAUUGUGUUCUGCAUCAACCCCUUUACAUCCCUCAGAGCUUCGAGAAGUCCGGCGGGUGCCUCCUCGCUUCUCGAUUCCACCAACGAGUCAGGAAAUCAUGCCCGGUGGCAGUGUGAACAUAACAUGUGUGGCAGUGGGGUCGCCCAUGCCUUACGUCAAGUGGAUGCUGAACUCAGAGGAUUUGACACCGGAGGAUGAGAUGCCAGUGGGCAGGAACGUUCUCGAACUGAGUAGUGUUCGUGAGUCAGCCAACUACACCUGCGUGGCCAUGAGCAGCCUUGGCAUCAUUGAAGCUGUGGCGCAGAUCACUGUCAAAUCUCUCCCCAAGCCCCCAGGUACCCCUGUGGUUACUGAAACCACUGCCACCAGUGUGACCAUCACCUGGGACUCAGGCAACCCAGACCCUGUGACUUACUAUAUCAUCCAGUAUAGGGCCAAGUCUCCAGACAGCAAAUAUGAGACAGUGGAUGACAUCACCACUACACGUUACAGCAUUGGUGGCCUCUACCCCAACACAGAGUAUGAAAUCCGUGUCUCAGCUGUCAACACAAUCGGCCAGGGUCCUCCCAGUGAGCCAGUAGAAACCCGGACUGGUGAACAGGCCCCUGCCAGUCCACCACGAAACAUCCAGGCCCAGAUCAUCUCUCAAAACACCAUGAUGGUACGCUGGGAAGAGCCGGAGGAGCCCAACGGACAGAUCAAGGGCUACCGUGUUUAUUACACCAUGGAUGACUCCCUGCCAAUGAGCGUCUGGCAGAUCCAUAAUGUCCAGGACAGCAUCAUCACAACUAUCCAGAGCCUGGUUCCUCAAGAGACAUACACAAUCAAAGUCCUAGCAUUCACUUCUGUAGGAGAUGGACCCUUCUCAGAGCCCAUCCAUGUCAAAGUACUGCAAGGAGUUCCAGGUCAGCCAUCCAAAUUCCAGGUUGGUGCUGUGUCUGACACCAGCAUUGAACUGACCUGGGAACCUGCCUAUGAGAAAGAAGGCAUUAUAAAUUAUGAACUUCGCUACAUGGACCGCAAUUUGGGCACCCAGAUGAAGAAAACAUUUGCACCUGCAUCUUCCUAUGUUGUGGAAGGUCUCCGUCCAAACACAGAGUACCACUUCUCCCUGGCAGCCAUCUCUAACAAAGGCAUCGGAGCCUUCACCAAUGACAUAUCAGAGAGGACCUUGCAAGCCAAGCCCUCAGCCCCCCCUCAAGACAUUAAGUGCAGGAGCACCAGCUCCACCAGCCUGCUGGUAAGUUGGCACCCCCCGCCUUUGGAGAGUCAAAACGGUGUCCUGGCGGGGUAUAGGGUGCGCUACCAGGUGGUGGGUCCGUCAGAAGGCGGCAGUGACGACGGGGAGCCCAUGGAGGAGCCCAUAAUCCUUGCUACUGAAAAGCAGGUGGAGCUGCAACGAUUGGAGAAGUGGACCCAGUACCGUAUCAGCGUAUCUGCCCUCACUGUUGGGCCAGGCCCUGAGAGCGAGCCCCUGAUCUGCCGCACCGACGAAGACGUUCCUGGGGCUCCUCCGAGGCGGGUGGAGGUGGAAGUCCUCAACUCCACAGCACUAAAGGUGAUGUGGCGCUCCCUGACGCCAGGCAAGCAGCACGGUCAGAUCCGUGGCUACCAGGUUCAUUAUGUGCGUGUGGAAAAUGGCGAGUCACGGGGCCUGCCCCACAUCAAGGACGUCAUGCUGGCCGAUGCCCAGUGGGAAACGGACGAUACAGCUGAAUAUGAAAUGGUCAUUGGAGGACUCAAACCAGACACCACUUACUCCAUCACGGUGGCUGCGUACACCACCAAGGGGGAUGGAGCCCGGAGUAAACCCAAACUGGUGGUGACCAAAGGGGCAGUGCCUGGUCCACCCUAUCUGUCAGUGGCUCAGGACUCCGACACAUCAGCUGUGGUUCGCUGGGACCCUCCUGAUCUGACCAAUGGCAUGGACCUGCAGGGUUACCGGCUCCAGUUUGGCCGGAAAGAUGUCUCUCCUUUAGCCACACUGGAAUUUGCUCCCCAAGAACGACAAUACUCUGUGGUCAACAUUCACCGAGGGGCCACCUAUCUCUUUAAAAUCUCAGCCAAGAGCAGGGGGGGCUUUGGGGAAGAGGCCGUGGUGGAACUCAGUGUACCCGAGAAUACGCCAGGGGGAUACCCUCAAAUUGACGAGGGCUCCAAUGUGACAUGCUGCUCUGUGCAGCUGUCCUGGUCUCCACCUGUGCUGGCGGAGAGAAACGGGGUAAUCACAGAGUACACUUUGGCCUAUAAGGAAGCCGGUACCGGAGGAGCACCCCAGGAGCUCCGCUUGCCCCCCAGCCUGUCCAGCUAUGUGCUCAACAGCCUCAAACCGAACUCGGCAUACGAUGUGAAAAUACGUGCACACACCAGUGUAGGUCCAGGGCCCUACAGCCCACCUAUCCAGUAUCGGACGGUGGCCUUUAAUCCAAAAGACGUUCCAAAGAAUUUCACAGUCAAGUGGGCCACCAAGACCACAGUGGUCCUUGCAUGGAAGUUUUCUGAAAGUAGGUCUCCUUACAAAUGCACGAUUGAGUACAACCGUCAAAGGAUGGAGGUGGAUGCCAAGCAGAUGAGGGUACUCAUCGCUGGGCUAAAGCACAACACCACCUACGAGUUCAGAGUGACCUGCCAAGAAAGCAUGGAUGGUGGGCCAAGACACCGUGUGGUUGCCAAGACCGCGCCACUCAUCCUAGUCAAGAAACCCAAGCUGGACAUUUACGCUGAGUCUGACAACAUGCUCACCAUGUCCUUCCCACCGGUCGAUAACAAGGAUGUCAAGAACUUCUAUGUGGUUGCGGUGCCACUUAAGAGGACCUUAGGAACUGUCAAAAACCUGAAGAACCCUGAUGAGAUGGACAUGGAAGAGCUGUUGCGGGAUGUGACUCCAAAGCGCCGUUCACGUCGUCAGCUGGCUCAGCUGGACCAGAGGAAACCCUACAUCACAGCCUGCUUCAGGCAGCUGCCCUCCAGCUUCACGGUGGGAUCUGACCACCGCAACAGCAUCUGUGAGAACAAGCCUCUUGAACCUGGCCAUGAGUAUGUCUUUUUCCUGCUGGCUGAACUCAAUACCACAACCGGGAAAAUGUUUGCUACCAGCCCUUAUACCGACACAGUAAUGACUCCUGAGCCGGAGGGCCCAGUCCAUCCAGUAGAGCCUGGUGACGGACUCAUAUGGGUGGUGGGCCCAGUCCUGGCUGUCGUUUUCAUCAUCUGCAUCGUUAUUGCCAUUCUCCUGUAUAAAAACAAACCUGACAGCCGCAAAAGAAAAGAGUCAGAGCCAAGAACAAAAUGCCUGCUGAACAACGCAGACAUUACACCCCACCAUCCUACAGACCCUGUGGAGAUGAGACGCAUCAACUUCCAAACUCCAGAUUCUGGUCUAAGCAGUCCUCAGAGUGAAGCAGAUUUUGACUAUGAAAGUAUGAUGAAUCAUCCUCCCAUCCCUAUCUCAGAGUUGGCCGAACAUACAGAACUACUCAAGGCCAAUGACAAUCUCAAGCUCUCCCAGGAAUAUGAGUCUAUUGAUCCAGGCCAGCAGUUCACCUGGGAACACUCCAACCUGGAGGUGAACAAGCCCAAAAAUCGUUAUGCCAACGUCAUCGCCUAUGACCACUCCCGCGUCAUCCUGGCUCCCAUCGAGGGUAUCACUGGUAGUGACUAUAUCAAUGCCAACUACAUUGAUGGCUACAGGAAGCAGAAUGCCUACAUCGCCACGCAGGGUCCAUUACCAGAGACGUUUGGGGACUUCUGGAGGAUGGUGUGGGAACAGAGAGCAGCCACUGUGGUCAUGAUGACCAGGCUGGAGGAGAAAUCACGGAUUAAGUGUGACCAGUACUGGCCAAGUCGAGGUACAGAAACCUAUGGUAUGACCCAAGUGACCCUGUUGGACACCAUAGAACUGGCCACUUUCUGUGUCCGCACUUUUUCCUUGCACAAGAAUGGCUCUAGUGAGAAGCGGGAGGUUCGUCAGUUCCAGUUCACAGCGUGGCCUGACCACGGCGUACCAGAGUACCCGACCCCAUUCCUGGCCUUCCUCCGUAGGGUGAAGACCUGCAAUCCGCCUGACGCUGGACCUAUCAUUGCUCACUGCAGUGCGGGUGUCGGUCGGACAGGUUGCUUCAUCGUCAUCGACGCCAUGCUUGAGCGUAUCAAGCACGAGAAAACGGUUGACAUUUAUGGCCACGUGACGCUGAUGCGCUCACAGAGGAACUACAUGGUGCAGACAGAAGACCAGUACAGCUUCAUUCAUGAUGCACUGCUGGAAGCGGUGGCCUGCGGCAACACUGAAGUGGCUGCCCGGAGCCUCUAUUCCUACAUCCAGAAGCUGGCACAGGUGGAGAGCGGCGAACAUGUCACUGGCAUGGAGCUAGAGUUCAAGCGUUUGGCCAACUCCAAAGCCCACACGUCGCGCUUCAUCAGUGCCAACCUUCCCUGCAACAAGUUCAAGAAUCGGCUGGUCAACAUCAUGCCGUACGAGACCACGCGCGUCUGCCUGCAGCCAAUCAGAGGCCUGGAAGGAUCCGACUACAUCAAUUCCAGCUUCAUUGAUGGAUACAGGCAACAGAAGGCCUACAUUGCAACACAGGGCCCUCUGGCAGAGACUACAGAAGACUUCUGGAGAAUGCUCUGGGAGAACAACUCUACUAUUGUAGUCAUGUUGACCAAACUGAGAGAAAUGGGACGGGAAAAGUGUCACCAGUACUGGCCAGCAGAGCGCUCUGCCAGGUACCAGUACUUUGUGGUUGAUCCCAUGGCAGAAUACAACAUGCCUCAGUACAUCCUCAGAGAGUUCAAGGUCACGGACGCCAGGGAUGGCCAGUCCAGGACAGUAAGGCAGUUCCAGUUUACUGAUUGGCCUGAGCAAGGCGUGCCCAAAUCCGGGGAGGGGUUCAUUGAUUUCAUUGGCCAAGUGCAUAAAACCAAGGAGCAGUUUGGACAGGAUGGACCGAUCUCUGUCCACUGCAGUGCUGGCGUGGGCAGGACUGGAGUCUUCAUCACCCUCAGCAUCGUCCUGGAACGAAUGCGUUAUGAAGGCGUGGUCGAUAUCUUCCAGACAGUGAAGAUGCUCCGGACACAGAGACCAGCAAUGGUCCAGACUGAGGAUGAGUACCAAUUCUGCUAUCACGCAGCUCUGGAGUAUUUAGGAAGCUUUGAUCACUAUGCAACGUAAAAAGCCAUCUCUUCCCCCAGAAUCCUGUCGCCCCCCUCAACAGUCUCCUGAGCCAUAGAAACUUUGAAAUUUGAAACGACGACAGCAGACGACGAUAACACCAUCAUCAAUUCAGACACACCAAACAGGAUCCUAUUGUAGAUUUUUAGAAGACAACGCCCAGCCAACCAGUUAAGAAUAAUUCCAAUUUGACUAAGAGACUCUUCAUGAGAAAUUCAUGAAAUUGCCCAACAUCUAGAAAAGAAAAUCCUCAUCAGGGGAGGAACCAGACGCUGUGGCUCAAGCUGUGGGGCAGGAAUCGAUCAAAGUGUCAGACUGCUUACCUUACCUCAAGUGUUUCAAUGUGGAGGACAUUGUAAACAUUCGUGGACAUUUCUCUUCUCAAAAUAUCUUCGUGAUACAACGGUAACAAGCAACAGAUAAUGAAGGAGAUGGCAACAGCAAAAAUCAAUGAGAGGCAGAUGGAUGUAGCCAAGAUGGGGUAACUUUCUUGUUUUUUUGAUAUGCCCGGUUGUAAAAGGGAGUUCAAGUAUUUCUAUCAACACAUUUUGUGAGUGAUAUCCAGAAAUUGUGGUUGCCUGUGUGAACACAAAUGGCUUUUCCCCAAACUGGUGAGACAAAAAAAUCUAAACAGUGGAAAUGCAACUAGCACGAGAACACUACCAUCUGGCAUCAAAUAAGCCUUGAGUUUUUUUACACUGUCCCACUAAUGAUAUGCAUAAUUUGUGUGGAAAAACACUCAACUAUUAAAGUAUACAUCACAUAACUGCCUGUUCUCAAGCGCUAAGAGCUCAGAGAAGGCACUGUCAGUGGUUGUCGGGGAAAAGAAAGCAGCAACACAUAUCUUAAGAUCAGUUAGUUUCAUGAAUUGUGAUCUUGUGUAAAAUCAGUAUCCCAAGCCAGGUAACCACAGUGAUGUUGAAAAGUACCACAGUGUAUUUUAAAAAGUGCCCCAGGAGGCUCUUGUCUCAGUCAUCAGAGAAAUCGGGAGGAAAUCAUUGUCUGUAACAAGAAGAUUUGGUUCGGUCGUCUUGUGGAUCGUCGAAGUGGGAGAAAUGGCAACCGUGUCCCAUGAUUUUUUACAAUCACUCCUCUCUUUGGAACCAUUGCAUCAUGGGGCUUCGGUGUUAACAUCCACCAUUUUGAACAAGAGAUAAAUCUGGUGGGUGAGAAGCUUUGGAACUAACGGAACAACCAAACAAGGAUUGCCGCAAAGUUGGGGCUCUCUUUGUGUACAGUGACCAACGCUCAUCAUCAUUGUUUUGAACUUGUUUGUCUUAUGAGGAAUUAUCUUUUUUUCUUUUAAUUUUCUGUCGAAACCAAACAUGCUGCUUAUCUCGUGUAUGCUGUACGUGUGACUCUUGAGGGAGAGGAAACUGACGAACAAAAGAUGCCAGCUCUGCUAACCGCUCACGCCCAGGCAGGCAUGACUGAAAGUGCAUCCACAUGACAACAUCGUCCACCAGUCUUUUCCACCUCUCCUUUUUUUUUUUCCAGCCUCCUCUAUAAUCAUCUAUUUCAUUGUAUAAGACACUCAAGAGUGGCAGAGGCCUGUUGCAAUUACAAAGCUGUACGUUCAUGUGGUUGAAAAAUUGGCCUUUAGUUCCACAGUAUGUGUGUUUGGUAAAAGGUGGAUAAACAAAGUAGUUGCUUUGGUUUUUGUCUGUUUUAUAGAUGAUGUCUCUGUGGAUGCCACAGCCAGACCAGGCAGCCAUGUUGGAUCUCAAUGCCAUGAUGUGAUAAUGAAAUUCUUCGGUACAAGUUACUUGCACAUCCCUAAGAAAAAAGAAAAGAAACUUGAAACAAAUACUCUAAAAACGACUGCAGGUUGGAUUUGACGCACUAAUGUAUAUGUGUCUGAUAAAAAAAAAAAAAAAAUUAAGCUUUUGAGAUCACCAGGUUUUCAUUUUGAGAUCAGUCUUUUGGUACAGAUGAGUGUACGGAUUCUGUGAAGGUUUCCGAUGGGUGUGCACAAAAACAAGAGCGAUGGACAGAACUGUGUGUAAUCUUUUCUUAUUUCCAAAAAAGCCUUAUUGUUACAUUAUGAAACAUUAUGAAAACAUUAUUGUUGUAUUAUGACGACUUAUUUUACAUUACAUAGUUGACUUUUUAUUUUCUUUUUGGUUUAGUUUUUUAACAGAGAUGUUGUAUCACAUUUUUUUUAAAUUAGCAGGAAAAGAGAAAUGCUUAUUUGUUCAUAUUACGUUUAAAGACAUUCUAUUUUUUCACUGUAGAAAUGUUAAGUAUAACAUGUCUGUGUGUAUGUGUGCAUAUAUGUAUUUGCGUACAUAUAUACUGCACACUCACACAUGCAUAUAUAUUUAAAUGCAGAAUAUAAAGAUAUAUCCAGAAACUUGGUAUUAAUUAAAUUUUUCUCCUCAUCAUCUUUUUUUAUACCAGCCAGUGCUCAUGUUUUUGAUGACUUUUUAUUAAUUUCUUUUUGUUUGUGUGUUUUUUUUUUUGUUUUUGUUUUUGUUUUGUAAUCUUAGAAACCUUGUGUGUUUCUUAAGAAAAAGCUGAGGUGAUGUCAGCGCUAUGCCUGAAUCCUCUGCCUCCACUCACCAAUUCAACUUCUGCCCCUGGGUAGAUCCUGUGCCGAUGAGGAGACGCCAUUUUUAAACCUUGUUGAGAUUCUUUAUUAUCAUUAACUUGUAGGCAUUAGUAUUCUUUUGUUUUUUUGAGCAACUGUUGAAUGAUGAACUGGUCUACAAAAUAUCAAUCAAAAAUUUCAUAACUGAACUUUUUGUUAUCUAUGUCAGCCCAACUUGACAUACUGUACCUUGUAUAAUCAUGUACAGACUAUGACCCUCACAGUUUUUAAGAAAAUUCUUUAAGUUCUUUCUCUUUUUUUUUUAACUUUUAUUAUUUUCAGACAUAAUGUGGUCAUUCAUUUUGUUAGAUAUCCAAUAUGAUCUAGAAUAUACCUGUAAAUAAACAAAUAUAUAGAUUAUAUGUAUUUGUAUCAUUUGACCCUCAAGAUCUCAUACUUCAAGUGGGAACAGAAUUACAAAGAUCGAGGUUCUGCUCAUAUCUGACUUCCUGGUGUUUGUAAAGCCUGUUUUCUCUCCUUCUGAGAUGUUCUUUCUCCAGCCCUGCUCCCUGGUCUUUAAUUACCACUUGCUUUUUUCUGCCUUUAAUUUCCCCUGCUGGCAGUUAAACUGGGAAACAAGCCAGCUCACACCUAUAGCCUCAAUGAAGACUCGAAAUCAGCAUCAGUGAUCUGCUGGUAUAAUUUAGCUAAGGUUGGGAACUUAGUCCACUCUACCAACUAACCAUUUGCUUUGGUAAUCAGAAUUCAAUUCAAUGUCUUGUUACAUUCUCUUUUUCAAUGUGGACAAGAACUUUUUCCUGCCCUGGCAUUAGCACACUUUUCCCUUGGAACAUCACUAAAGCAACAAAGAGGUUUAAAAACGUAUUCUGAUUAAAUAAUGAACAAAAAAGUAAUUACAAAGGUGUAGAUUCUUAAUUUCUCAACUUCUGUGAGAAAAUGGCACCCAAAGAUGUUCUUGUUCCCUUAAAUUUUUCUCACCAAUCUCCAGAAGGUCCCCAGCUGUCCAACUGCCUAAAAUGCCAAGGUGUUAAAUAUAUGUCAUUGGUUCACGGACAAAUACAGCUAUGCUAAAGGCCAUAAAUAGUUCAGUUGCAACAUGACAUUUUUCAUUUACUUUCUCCCUGUUGCAUUUUUAAGUGUUGUAUAGAUCCAUACUGUGUGUUUUUGUUCAGCCAUGUGUCAAUGUGGGAUGCAGAAAGAAAUCAGGACUCAAUGAAACAGAGCAGUGCGAUGCAACCAAGGGAAGACCAAGACAACCAAAAACUUGCUGCAAAUUCACAUUUCCAGCACGUCAUUUCUGAACAGUGGGAACCUUGAGAUGUUUCACAAUGAACUAAAAUCCUGAACUGAAGUCUUUUGGAACUCAAAAAGACUGAUAAAAUGGGCCCAUGCCAAAACUGAAAUCGUGGAAGUCUUUGGAAGCUUGUGCAAUGUGUUACUCUUUUGACUUCAUGUAAAGAUGCUAGACUUUUGAAAACAGCCGCCAAAUUUACUGGAAUAUGUUGCGGGAAGGGUUGGGGUGGGGGGGACUAACAAAAAAACAACACUAACAAAAAAUGACAUCAAAAAGAAUAGAACAUAAACAGUACCGACAAAAUGAAAAAGAACCCAAACUCAGCAAAAUAGUUUUUCCUUUGUAUGAGGGCCAAGAGCUAUCACUUUCAAACUGUUACUUCUAACUGAAACAAUAAUUGGUUUAAAGCCACUGUGUAUGUAGAUAUGUUGACUUUGUAUUAAAGAAAUGUUGUCUGAAAA